AUGUCUGCCCAUCAGAGCGGCGAGCUGAAUCUGCGGCAGGCUUUUCAUGAGCUGAAUAAAGCUGAAAGAACAGGCGAUUAUGAGCGAGUGCUGAAGACGUGUAAUCGAAUUCUGAAAGUUGCUCAAAAUGACUCGCUGGUGUUACGUUACAAAGUGUUGUCGCUAAUUCAUCUGUCGAAGUUUGAAGAAGCCUUGCAGUUCAUUAAGAAGAUUACAUCACUUGUAUCAAAGCCAAAGUCUCGAGAUGCGGGUGAAUUCAUUUUCGAAAAAGCAUACUGUGAAUACCGAAUGAAUCGCCCUGCAGAAGCUCUGAAAACCCUGCGAGAUGCCGGUGGCGAGUUGGAUUUCCGAUGCAAAGAGCUCAUGGCACAGCUGCAUUAUCGAUUAGAAGAAUACGACGAAUGCUAUCGACUUUAUAAAGAUCUCGUGAAGAACAGUGCAGACGAGUUUGAUAAUGAAAGAGAAGCGAAUUUGCUUGCUGUUUGCGCCCAGCUCAGAUACAGUAAUGAACAUCAGCCGGAGGUGCAGAGCGUCGCUGCAGACAGUUUUGAACAGCUUUAUAACAACGCCUGUGGCCUGAUUGCGGCCAAAGAGUACGCAGAAGCUUUGAACGUUUUAGGUGAAGCUGAGGUUAAGUACAAUUCAUCAAUUUCCAACCAGGAAGAUCACACUGAUGAUGAACUCACAACUAUAAAGUUGCAAAAAGCAUAUUGUUUGCACAUGCUGAAACAAGUUGAAGAAGCGUCGAAGAUAUAUGCCCUUAUUCUCGACCAAAAGCCGAAUGAUCCAACGCUCGUCGCCAUCGCUUCAAACAAUCUUGUGUGCAUUCGGAGAGACCAGAACUUGUUUGACUCGCGUAAAAAGCUGAAGCUCUGUCAGACGCACCAGUUGACGCAGAAGUUCACGACACGACAGAGAGCAUCCAUCUGCUUGAAUAACACGUUGCUAAUGUACUUCAGCAAUCAGGUACAUCUGUGUUCAUGGAAGAUUCUCUUCAGCAGCGGCUUCAUCGUGACAGCUAAACGUGAAAUGAAGCAUUUGGUGGAUGUGGCGCAUAGCUGUCCGCAGAAGUAG